GCUUUUCCUGCUUCCCUCUCUCCCUAUAAGCAGCGCAAUCCCGCCGAGCGAGGCCCUUCCGUCUUCAUCUCAUCAAGCUCCCGUGCUCUCUCGCUCGCUCUCUCACUCCGACAGCUCCCGUCACUAGAGCGGCAAAUAGGCGUCUGGCUGCUACCGCCUUUUCUUCGCACUCUCGCACGAACCAGGCCGUCCGCUAUCGUCGUGGACCGCGCCUCCCAUCACCCUCGCCCUCGUCUUCACGUCACCUCAGUCUUCUCGCGCCAAUGUCGACCUGGAGCGCCGACGUGCACAACCCUGCCAACCUCUCGCCGACGAGCACGGCCGCGACGCUGCCUCCGCUGUCGUCGAACCAUCUCAUGACGCAAGGCUGGCCUCAAAGCAGCGGCAAUGCGACGCCCAACGCGCACUCUCAGAGCGGCAACGGCAACAGCAGCAUGCACGGCUCGGGCGGCUCGACUCAUGAGCGCUACCUGCCCAUGGCGCUGCAGCCCAACAGCGCCGUCGGCCCGCCCGGCGCAGGCAACUCUUCGCCGGCGUAUGCGCUAGGUCCACCGGCGAUCCAGCCGUCCGGCAUGGCCAUGUCGCCGUCGGAGCGCAGCUCUGGUGAGACGUCUCGCUUCGCCCACUAUCCCGGCGACGUGCAUGGAUCAGCGCCGGCACGCGACAUCAAGACGUCCGGCUCGACGGGCAGCUGGAACGGCACGGAACAGGCGACGUCGCCCGUCCUCGCGGCGCAUGCUGAGCAGCAGCAGCAGCAGCAGUCUUCGGGCAUGGAGCACGGCUACAGCGGAGGCCAUCACUCACAGCGCUCCUUCGACUCGACAACCAGCAACACGGCGUACGGCUCGAUGCACGCACACCAGCAGACGCUGCCGUCCGUGCCGUACGGCAAGCAUCGCUACAGCGCUCCCUCGACCGUGUCGGGCCAGCACGGCGGCUAUGAGCGCGGUCUCUCGCCGCAGCCACAGGGCUACAACGGCAGCGACCCGGACUCUCCUCGUACCGGACUCGCCGGCUCGACGUCGUUCGGCUCGUACGGCGCCGUGCGUGGCGUGCCGACGAACACGUAUCAGCAUUCGGCCAAGCCCUACGCUCGUCCGGCGUCGCCGACGUACGGGCAGAUGGCGAGCCACGGCAGCGCACACCAGCAGCACUCGAUCAACAUGGCCGGCAGCACCUCGCACGCCUGGGGCACAGCCACGGGCGCCGAUGCACACCAGACGGCACAUGCUCCCUCAGCUGGACACGGCUACUACGGCGCGCCACUCGCUCAGCCGCGCAGCGUGCUGCAGAUGUCUAGUGCGCCGACGUACAGCAGCUACGCAGGCCAUCACGGCGUGCCGCUCGAAGUGCCGCAGGGCUACUCGAGCGUGCCCUCGUACCAGGCCGCACAGCCGAGCGUCAGCGUCGUGCCGGACCCCUACGGCAACCCGUCGGAAGUUCGCACACAUUAUUUCAACCCCUUCGAGGUGAAGCACCGCCGCCGCACGACCAAGGCGCAGUUCAAGGUGCUCGAAGGCACGUUCCAGGAGACGCCAAAGCCGACGGCAGCUGCGCGCAAGGAGAUCGCAGAGCAGCUCGGCAUGCCGAUCCGGGCGGUGCAGAUCUGGUUCCAGAACCGGCGCGCUAAGGCCAAGGUGCUUGCGCGAAAGGAGGCCGAGAAGGCAGCCGAGCAGCAAAAGGAGCGCAACGGGAGCGGCUCGGGCGAGCAGCGCAGCCACCUGGCGGACCGCAAGCACAGUGCCAGCAGCAGCGCCGGCGGCGGCGGUGGAGUGGGUAGCGCAGGCAGCGGCAGCGCGAGCGCCAGCGCCGGCGGUAGCCACCAGAGCAGUCAUCAGGAGAAGCGUCGUCCCGACGACUCGCCGGAGCACUCUUCGAGCGCCUACCACGGCCACCACGCACCUGCGUCGCACCACUCGACGCACGCGCAUCCAUCGAUGCACUCGUACGGCCACAACUACGGCCAUCCGAGCUCGCAUGCGCACAGCUCGGCGCACCAGCAACACCAACAGCAGCAGCAGCAGCACUACGGACCUUCCUCGUCGUCGACGUACGCCCAUCACCAUGCGCAAGAGGAGCACCACGACCGCAUGACGCACGACAUGCUGCCGCGCUACAGCAGCGGCGUGUACGAGCCGACUGAAGGCAGCAACUGGCGCUCCUGAGCUGUCUCCUCUCGUCUGCGUCCGGGGCAGGCGCCUCACCCUCCCUCUAAUGCUUCGUCGCUGUCGGAAGCACCCCUUCGUCACCUUCCUCCAUCUCGACGUGUCACCCUCUCUGCGCCUGUAUCUUCGCCCUCUCUGUCAAGGUA